AUGAACCAGACGCCAUGGAAGUUCAAAUCUUUUCGAGACCUUCUACUGAAAUCCGUAGCGGAGAGAGAUCUCUUCACAGGAAAAUCUCUUCACGCGCGCUACUUGAAAUCCCUCGUCGCUUCUUCCACUUACCUCUCAAACCACUUCGUGAAUCUCUACUCCAAGUGUGGCCGCCUUUCCUACGCACGAGCCGCCUUCGACUCCACCGAAGAACCCAAUGUCUUCUCUUACAACGUUAUCGUCAAAGCCUACGCGAAAGACUCGAAAAUCCACAUCGCACGACAGCUGUUCGACGAAAUUCCGCAGCCAGACACCGUUUCUUACAAUACACUCAUCUCGGGAUACGCUGAUGCCAGAGAGACUUUUCCCGCGAUGGUAUUGUUUAAAAGAAUGAGAGAAUUAGGGUUUGAGGUAGAUGGGUUUACGUUAUCAGGGUUGAUAGCAGCUUGCUGUGACCGCGUCGAUUUGAUAGUGCAGCUUCACUGUUUCGCUGUCUCGGGAGGGUUUGAUGCUUACUCUUCUGUGAACAACGCGUUCGUCACCUUGGAUCAUCUGAUCGGUGGCCGUCAGUUUCACGGUAAGCUGAUCAAGUCUGGAUUUCACCGGAACUCACACGUGGGGAGUGGUUUGAUCGACUUCUACUCAAAAUGUGGAGGUCGUAACGGUAUGUCUGAGUCAGAGAAGGUGUUUCAAGAGAUUUUGUCGCCGGACUUGGUUAUCUGGAACACGAUGAUCUCUGGGUAUUCACUGAACGAGGAACUCUCUGAAGAAGCUGUCAAGAGCUUUAGACAGAUGCAACGUAUUGGACAUAGACCUGAUGAUUGCAGUUUUGUCUGUGUCACAAGCGCUUGCUCGAACCUCUCCUCUCCUUCUCAGGGCAAGCAGAUUCAUGGGUUGGCGAUUAAAUCUCACAUCCCUUCGAACAGAAUCUCCGUGAACAACUCGUUGAUCUCGAUGUAUUACGAAAACGGAAACCUGCAAGACGCAAGACGGGUGUUUGAUCGUAUGCCGGAGCUUAAUGCUGUAUCUUACAACUGUAUGAUCAAAGGCUAUGCGCAGCACGGGAAUGUAACAGAGGCUCUGCUUUUGUACCAACGGAUGCUUGACUCUGUGUAG